AUGCUCAAAGUGUGUAUGAAUGUCACCGAUCAAUGCGAUUGUUUGGCUAUCGAGUGCCCAAUUGCCUAUUCGAACUCUGUGGAAGAAAAAGAGGCAUGCUACAUGGAGCAUUGCUUUAUUUCUAAACGAGCGCUGGAUGACGUCACACUUUACAAGGUCACUGCUCUCUACUUGGUGAUCUUCAUCAUUGGGGUAUUUGGUAACACUGCCACUUGUCUUGUCAUGAGGAAACACCCGAUGAUGAAAACUCAUACCAGUAUGUAUCUAAUCAACCUAGCUGUUUCGGAUCUUGUAACUCUUUGUGUUGGUCUACCAUUCGAGAUGAUGAUGAACUGGCAUCAAUACCCUUGGCCAUUUCCAGAUGUUAUUUGCAACUUGAAAGCGUUAAUUGCGGAAACUACGAGCUCUGUCUCAAUUCUGACUAUUCUGGUGUUUGCUAUCGAGCGAUAUGUAGCUGUGUGUCAUCCACUAUACCUUGUGAAAAAUCAAUUUUUCAAACGCAAUAUGAAAUCUAUUAUUGGACUGAGCUGGAUUGUGUCUAUUUUAUGUGCUACUCCGUUUGGAAUCUACCACAGAGCUGAUUAUCUCAUGAGAAGCUGGCCAGGAACGGAUGAUAAAAUACCGGUAAUCUCUUCAAAAAUGUGCAUGGUGGCGGUUAUGUUUGAGCCAAAGUUGGAGCCGACUUUUAAAGUUUUAUUCCACUUUUCGGCCAUCGCCUUUUUCGUGGUUCCCCUUUUGACAAUUCUAGUUCUCUAUGCUAGAAUCGCGUGCAAAGUGUCAAACAAUCGAACGAUCCAGGCGGGAGAAUUGGAUAUAACUGAAGAGCUGCAACUAAAAAUUAAUGCAAUUUUAUGUGCAAUAGUUUCCGCCUUCUUCAUUUGCUACCUUCCGUUUCAAUUCCAGCGCCUCCUGUUCUUUUAUUUGGAUAACGAGGUUAUUCUAGUUUGGAUCAAUCAAUAUGUCUACUUUAUUUCGGGAUUUCUGUUCUAUCUGGCCACCAUCAUCAAUCCAAUCGCCUACAACGUUGCAUCCAGUCGGUUUAGAAGAGCGUUCAAAGACAUUCUUUUUUAUUAUUGUUUUGGAAGAAAAUCAAAUGGCUAUCCUAGAAGUUCAUUCAGCAAGUACAGCUUGGCUCACACGCCUCUCCGUCAAGCAAUGUCAAAUCGUGUACCAAUCCUGGAUCCAAAAGUCAACGCUUGA